UUGGAAUCCAUGUGAGACCGGUAUCUCCAACGAUCAUACCAUACACUUUGCUCAAUUAGUUAAACAAGUGCGAUGUGUGCAUGGCCAUCCGAAUGGGAGCAAAGAGUCGUGGACAAGACAAACCAGGCCACACCUCAUACUCCAUGGCUUGCCUCGAUCAGAGUUUUUAAUGCCCGAUGCCAUUUAGAAUUUGAGGCAGCGUCUUUCAUUAAAGUUUAUAUACAUGUGCCGGUUGCCGGGCAAGAAUGUCGAAUUCAAGCUUUGGUUCUGGGAUUGAGCAAGUUGUUGCCCUAAAUGCUAACAUGUGCAGAAAAGAGCACCAUGAGCAAUGGCAUAUUUUGGACGUUUCCAGGGGUCACGCAUGAGCAGCCACGAGCGUGUAGGUUAUACGCCCCACCAAUUGUGCUGGACUUGAACUUACUAGGUGCACAAGUGCUGAGAGAACAUGGCGACGGGGCCUCUCACCAUCGAGGAUUUUGAUUGCACUAGGCAUGUCGCAUACUUCAAGAAGCAUGCCAGAUACCUUCCUGAGCACUACAAGAGCAUGGAUACAAAUCGCUUGACACUGCUUUACUUCAGCAUUUCUGGACUUGAUUUGCUAGGCAAGGUGGAUGAGCUCGAUCGCGAAGCUUCCAUUGAAUACAUUUACUCGUUCCAAUCUUCGUUUGAGGAUCAUGGCGGUUUUUAUGGCUAUCCCAAGGUGUCCUUCGACACCACAGAUUUGGACAAGGCCAACAACCAGCCUCACAUUGCCAAUACCUAUGUGGCUUUGGUCAUGCUGAUGAUCUUGGGUGAUGACCUGAACCGCGUCUCACGGGCAGGUGUGGCGGCAUCGUUGCGGAAAUGGCAAUUGGAGGAUGGUAGCUUCUGCUGCGUGAAUUGUCUUUCCAGCUUGGAUAGUGAAAGUGAUAUCCGCUUUGUGUAUUGUGCUGCUAGCAUUUGCUAUAUUCUGGAUCUUUGGCAUGCAGUGGAUGUGGAGAAAAUGUCCCGUUUCAUCCUGGCUUCCCGGUCCUAUGAUGGAGCAUUCGGAAUGGGCCCAGGCACUGAAUCCCACGGAGGGUGCAGCUACUGUGCAGUUGCUUCUUUGGCCAUGAUGGGAUGCUUGGAGGACCUGCCAGAGAGGGAAAAACUGGUGCAGUGGUGUGCUGCACGUCAGCUGAGUGGCUUUCAGGGCCGCAUUGAGAAGGAUCCAGACAGUUGCUACUCCUUUUGGGUUGGUGGCACCCUGCAACUCCUAGGGGUGGACUUCCUUGAGUGCCAAAGUUGUGCUCAGUUCUUGCAGACCUGUGAGUCCAGACUCGGAGGCUUUCAGAAGUUCCCUGAAGCACCAGUACCUGAUCUUUUGCACUCCUACUUCUCCGUGUGCGGCUUGAGCCUGUGUGGUCUCCUCCCACCACUGGAUGCCAUGCUUGGCAUGUCACGUGCUUCACGCGAAGCUUCUGCAGCUCGCGGGGCGCUUCGGGCGAUCCCUGCCCGAGGGGCCCCACCACCUUCACGGCCCUCACCCAGUUCGAGCCUGGCACAGUCAGCGAGUGAGAAUCGCGAGACCCAGAGGUCCACAGCGAGUUCAUGGAACAUUGGGAACAUCCCAGCGUCACUGCUUCUGGCCAUGUUUGCACUCUUGGUUUCAGCAAUCCUUCGAGGAUUUCAAUGAGGGGUGGCACGUGUGGAAAAGAA